CCCAGUUGGAGACUGAUGCGUAUGCGCGCCGUCACUCGGAGCAGGUAGUGAAACCGGCUUUGAAGUUCAAGCUGUUUAACUCACGCAAUUAGUUUAAAUGAUUCAGAGAACACGGGAUUGGGAAUGGGAACUUUUCUGUCAGUGUGAACUGGAUCAAUACGCGCCGGUGUUUAUCAGUGAAAUAGCGCUUCUUUCUCUGUGGGUAAGAAUGCGGAACCCCAUCAGGAGGUACCCGUGGUUGACCAAUGUGACUCUGUACUCGGGUCUGUACGCUGGUGGAGACUUUAUGCAGCAGUAUUUAUCGAACAAAAAUGAUGGAAAGAUUGACUGGAGGCGCACGAGAAACGUGGCGAUCGUCGCUUUCUGCUUCAACGGCAACUUCAACUUCUUCUGGAUGCGCUUCUUGGAGCGCAGACUUCCAGGGAGCUCCGUGAGCACGGUGUUGAGGAAACUCGCCAUGGACCAGACCAUAUCCUUACCUCUGGCCAUAAGCGCCUUUUACACAGGUCAGAUGGACGUGUCCAUGGCCGAGAGCUCCAUGACUCCGGAUGAGAUCGAGAUGGAGAUGGCCAGGAUCCAGAGGCUCAGGGAGGUGCUUGUCAGAAGGGAGUCGGAGCUCCGCUUUAUGAUGGACGAUAUUCAGCUGUGUAAAGACAUCAUGGCCCUGAAACAGGAGCUGCGUAAAAUUGUAGCAGUGCCAGAAAAGGAAAAGAGUAAGAAACACCGACAGAAGGAGGAAGAGCUGAUUCAGAAGAUCCAUAAGCUGGUGGAGAAGAGGGAUUUCCUAGUUGAUGAUGCAGAGGUGGAGAGAUUGAGGGAGCAGGAAGAGGACAAAGAGAUGGCAGAGUUCCUCAGACUCAAGCUCAUGCCACUGGACAAACUGGCCAGAGUCACACAGAGUUCUCCAAAGGCGAAAAAGCCGACCCCAGAACCUCCGCCAAACAAACCGUCCAUUACCAAGAGCAGCGUAGCGGUCAUAAAAGACUGCUGUGGAGCCACACAGUGUGCCAUCAUGUAAAAACGUCUCCACACGACAGUUAGUAUGUUUCAGGAAGACAUCAUCUUAUUUUGGGUUGAUAGAUUUUCUUUUGUCUAUAGCAGGAUGUGGUGCCAUUGUUCAUUUUAGAAGUGCCAUCACUUAUUGGAAAUUACUUUCUCUGCAUUAAAACAUUUUUAAUCGCUGUAUAUAAAUGGCGAGAUUUGUCAUUUGGCUCUAAUGUGUUGGUUGAAACGUUAGCAGAUGUCCCAGUUACACAAAGAAGCUCUGAUGAAACUCCAAAGAGAAUUCCAGAAUCCACUUCAGUAAGGAUCUGUCGCAUUUAACUGGUGUUUGUUUCACAGACACAGAGCAGGUGGUGAUGCACAACUGCCCUUUUUUCUUUUAACCACAAAAUUGUCUGCUCCAGUUCAUCUCUAAAGAGGUAGUGGACUGAAACAGAGUUACGGUAUCUUCAGCAUCAGAGCUCUGGGGCAGGAGCUUUUCAUUGCUAUGGCAACAAGUUCUAUGCAUGGCCAAUACAAGAGAACAGACCUGAAUUAUGUGCAGCUUUUAAAGAUUACUGUUAAAAAAGAACUGUGAAUCAGUGGUCAGUGAGGGGGGGGGGGGGUUGCUGGUCAAUGCAAGUUAGUUCCAUAAGCUAAUCAGAAUUUUAUCAUGAUUCCAUCUUUUUGUUCAUUGUUUUCAACACCACCUUUGUGCUGCAUGAUAAAGGAUCUGACUAUACAAACUUUGUAUCUUCUGAGAGUAGCCUCCACGUGAUUACAUAACAGUUCAGUUCUUGAACCUGUGGGAUUCUUCGACUUUGUCCACAUGUAUACAGUAUAAGGAGCUUGUGUGUGAAAGCUGGGAAAAAGCCGUCCUUUUAUGCAAGUAUUGAAACCUUUAGCAAGAGAUGAUGAAACGAACAAAGUACGUAAUUUACCUUACCUGGUCUUACACUGAAUCUCACUCCACAUUCCUUACAGAAAACAUAUCUACAUAGAACAUUUUGUGGAAAUUCCACCAGUAACAGUCUCAGAUACACGGAGAACGAGAUCAUGCAGUAUCUGGAUGAAUUUCUUUAUCAAUGAUCAAAGCAAAGCAGACUGUAAUCUGCGCAUGUGGUCAUAAUAACCGUAUGCAUACAAAAAGGUAUUCAUGAGCGUGAUGCACUUACGUGAACGUGCAGAUAAACCCUCGCGUUAGAGAGCCAGACAGAGAUGGGGAGUGAGAGAAUAUGAAAUGUCAAGACUGUGAAGUCUAUUCAAUAGGGAAUCCUUAAUUAUGCUAGAAUUACGUUCAAUAAUUUAAUUAGCUGCCCCAGUACAAAGACUUAUGCUAAUGCGCAUGAUCUCCAAGAAGAACUUUUCAAGCACAAUAUGUAUAUAUAUAUAUUGGUUCUGAGACAGGAUAGUACUUGUGUUAGACGUUAUCAGGUACACACACACACACACACACACAGGUUUUCACUCCAAGUACUGUACUGUGCAUUUCCUCUUGGCAGUUCGGCACAUCCACCACUGAUUUGAAAAAUAACUAGCUGCUUACUUUCCAGCAAAGUCUAAAUCUAUCAUCUGUCUCAUGUAUUUGCUGUGAUUCUUAACAAAGAGAGAGACCCAAAUAACAACCAGAUCAGACUUCAUUUCCAUGCCACACUUUCCAAUAAACACAGGGUCUUAAUGUGUUUUGAUUUUCUUGCUUGCAGGUUCUUUGUUAUUGCUGUACUCAUCUUACACGUUUAGGUGUUUGUGAGCUUUUUUUCCAUCACUGGCUGCAAAUUUCAGGAAUGUUCCAGAAAACGACACUAAAAAAAAAAAAUGUUCAUGAGAUUUGCACAAGCACUUAAACGUUAUUUGUAAAUAUACGUUCCAAUAAAAGCAUCUUUCUGGA